AUGGCUGAUGAUGAUAUUGCUGCGUUGGUUGUAGACAAUGGCUCUGGUAUGUGCAAAGCUGGCUUUGCCGGGGACGAUGCACCUAGAGCUGUCUUUCCGUCGAUUGUUGGUCGUCCUCGCCACCAAGGAGUGAUGGUUGGUAUGGGCCAGAAAGACUCGUACGUCGGCGAUGAGGCGCAAAGCAAGCGAGGAAUUUUGACACUGAAAUAUCCUAUUGAACAUGGAAUAGUCACGAACUGGGACGACAUGGAGAAGAUCUGGCAUCACACAUUUUACAAUGAACUCCGAGUUGCCCCUGAGGAACACCCUGUUCUCCUUACAGAGGCCCCUUUGAAUCCGAAGGCAAACCGAGAAAAAAUGACGCAGAUCAUGUUUGAAACAUUCAACUGUCCAGCUAUGUAUGUAGCUAUCCAGGCCGUGUUGUCUCUGUAUGCCUCUGGUCGUACCACUGGUAUUGUUCUGGACAGUGGUGAUGGUGUGAGCCACACCGUGCCUAUUUACGAGGGCUAUGCCCUGCCCCAUGCAAUCCUACGUCUGGACUUAGCUGGGAGAGAUCUGACAGAUUACCUCAUGAAGAUUCUAACAGAACGUGGUUACUCCUUUACGACCACUGCUGAGCGUGAAAUUGUCCGUGACAUCAAAGAAAAGCUGUGCUACGUGGCAUUGGACUUUGACCAGGAGCUGCAAACUGCUGCUUCAAGCUCCAGUCUUGAGAAGAGCUACGAGCUUCCCGAUGGUCAAGUCAUAACCAUAGGAAAUGAGAGGUUCAGGUGCCCCGAAGCAUUGUUCCAACCAUCUUUCCUUGGCAUGGAAGCUUCUGGUAUCCACGAGACAACCUACAACUCAAUCAUGAAGUGUGACGUUGACAUCCGUAAAGACCUCUAUGCCAACACUGUCCUCUCUGGUGGUACAACCAUGUACCCUGGUAUUGCUGACCGAAUGCAGAAGGAAAUCACAGCCUUGGCGCCCUCCACCAUGAAGAUCAAGAUCAUUGCCCCCCCUGAGCGCAAGUACUCUGUUUGGAUUGGAGGCUCCAUCCUGGCUUCCUUAUCAACUUUCCAACAGAUGUGGAUCUCCAAACAGGAGUACGAUGAAUCUGGUCCAGCCAUUGUGCACCGCAAGUGCUUCUAA